AUGGCAGGCCUACCCACCAACCCAGCCUCUCUGCUCAGGCCGCCACCCAGCCAGGGGCCAGCCUCGUUGCUGACCCGACCUCCGCCACCACCAGGUGCACGGGCUGGGCCAGCUUCGCUGCUGACGCAACCUCCGCCAGCGCCAGGUGCGGCACCGGCUGGACCAGCUGCAUUGCUAACCCGCCCGGCGCCACCUCCAGGUGUAGGUGCUUCGGCUGGGCCCGCUUCGUUGCUGACACGGCCUCCGCCGGCGCCAGGUGCACCUGCUCAGGCUGGGCCCGCUUCGUUGCUGACACGACCUCCGCCGGCGCCAGGUGCACCUGCUCAGGCAGGGCCAGCUUUGUUGCUGACACGACCUCCGCCGGCGCCAGGUGCACCUGCUCAGGCUGGGCCAGCUUCAUUGCUGACCCGACCCCCGCCCGUGCCGCAAGGUGCAGACGCGACGGUCGAGCCUGCUGCAUCUGCCCGCGCAGAGGACUGGGAAGAUGACUACUCCUUGUUCAUCGGUCAAAAAGACCUGGGCGAUGGCUGGGAUGGCUACGGCGAGAUCGAGCCUGAGCCAGUGGCGGAGCCAGCGGCAGAGCAACCCUUGGCACAGAAGGAGAGCUCUGAAGCGGUAGAUGCGAAAGUAGAGGCAGAUGAGCCAGCUUCCAAAGAGGAGCCAAGGCGGCAGCCAAAACAUAUCUUCAUCUCUAGUCAGCCUGGGACGGGCAAGACCACCCUGGUGCAUAAACUCCUCGAGAAGCUGCUGGAGGAGGAGGGCGAGGGCGGGGUCGACAUUUCAGGCUUCUACACUGAAGAAGUGAGGGAUCCUCAGAACGCCAAGCAGCGCUUGGGCUUCGACGUGGUUCGGCUGGGCUCGGAGGUGGCUCCCAAGCGGGCCGUGCUGGCGCGCCUCGGGCAGGCAGCGCCCAAGGUGGGCAAGUACUCGGUGGAUGUGGCCGCCUUCGAGGCCUUCGCGCUGCCAGCGCUGGAACCUCCCAAGGAGGACUUCGAGCUGCCAGCGAAUCCCCGGCUCUACCAGCCGGAGGAUGGUCCUGAGGAGGCAGUGAGCCUGCUUUACGACCCAACGGAGGAUGAGGAAGGAGCGAAUAGCCGGAUAUGCCUGGACUACGGAGAGGAGCUGAACGUGCCGCCCUCCACCCUCCGCGAGGCGCUGUCCAGAUGGUUGGGCCCAGAAAAGGUUGCCACGGCAAUGCACACCGGCCACGCGAAGCCUUAA